AUGGACUCUUUGACAGCGAGUGGACGGAGUUCCCAGAAUCCGAGUAGAAGCAGUAGUCCCCAUCGUCUAAUCGAUCCUUCGCAACAUUUGCAUCUUCCAUUUAUACCUUCACGGAAAUCAAGUGACAGCAGUGGGAAAUACACGCCGACAUUCAGUUUCGGCAGAAGAAAUCAAAACUCCAUGGGGACAUGUUCGGAAAGGGAUGGAAUCUUCCGGGCAGGUAAGGCAAACAAUUGCACAUUAACCACCAACUUCCCGAAUAAUAUGACCAAAUCUCGGCCAACAACGCCUUUAUACAUAAAAAAAGUCUGUAUACCCCUGCGAAAUUGAUUCCGUAUAAUUAUGAAUAAUUUACCUUUUAAAAAAUUCUGUUGUGAUCAGAAAUGCAAUAUUUGAGUGCUGAAUCCCAAAAAUCCGUGCUCCAGCACCUUCCAGAAACAAGCCUGAGGGGAUUAAGUUUGUUAAAGGUCUUAAUCUCCACUUUAAUCUAGAAAAAAUACUGGCUGGGCUAAGCGAUUUUAGACUUCUGGGCCCAAUGUUUAUGAAUUUCAUCAUACGAGUUUGAUUUUAUUUGCUCCUCCCUUCCCGUGCACACCCUCGCACCACACUCACUUCAAAUAAUAUCCCAGACUUUCUUAUACCAGUGAACUAUCUCUCAUAUAUUUCCUUGACUAAUGGUCCGUUCUCCCACAUCGAAGAUAGGUAGAGUUGUCGUCUUAUUUCUCAUUUUCGUUAACUUUAACGGCCUUCAAAUUAGACACAAAACUUAGUCAAUAUUUUCUCUUUCAGAUCGCCCACGUCUGCCAGUUCGUAUGAUGAGAAGAGUAAAAGUCGCCGCCUUACCCGGAACCAGCAAUUCAGACGAAAACAGUCGAGCCACCACUCCAAAUCUUGAAUUUCUCAACGAAAACUAUACCAAAAAUGAGAUCGAGGACUACCGCCAACUCUUCUGCAUGUUCGAUACCGAUGGUUCCGGCGCUAUUGGGAACGAGGAACUAAAAGAAGCUAUUAUCAGCAUUGGAUUACAAGCCGACGACCAAGAGAUCGAUGCCUUAAUACGCGAAGUUGAUGAAGAUGGGAACGGAGAAAUCGACUUUGCAGAAUUCUGCCACUGUAUGAAGAAAAGUCAGAGUUUAGUUAAAUCAACGAACGAAGAGUUGAUCAAACAAUGCUUUAAUGUAUUCGAUCAGGAUGGAAACGGAGUGAUAACAGCUAAUGAAUUCAUGGUACGUACUUAAAACACUUAUAGAGCAGUGUCAGUUCCAUAUGACUAUAGUGAUGUUAUCUUUAGUACAUUGCCAAAGAAAUCGGAGGAUUCUCGGAUGAACUAGCUGAAUAUGUGUUUCACGAGCUAGACGUCUCGGCAAACGGACACUUAAGUACUGAUCAAUUCGCUGCCAUAGUAGAAGACUACCUAUUAACGGACCAACGAAAGAUAUUCGAUGAAGACAAGUAA